AUGUCAAUCCCUCAUUCAAGCCUCCAAAAAAUCCCCCUCUCAUACGCUUCCUGCUCAAUCGGCUGCAGCCCAAACGACACACUCCCGCACCGCCUCCAAGCAAUUGGCGAAGCAGGCUUCAGCGCAAUCGAGCUCUCCUUCCCAGACAUCCUAGAUUUUGGCGCGCAAAUCACUGGUAAACCAAUUGCGGCGAACGACUAUGCCGCAAUUAUGCCCGUAGCCGCGGAGAUCCGCAAACUCUGCGAAGAACACGGGUUGAAAAUCAUGAUGCUGCAGCCAUUCGCCAACUUCGAAGGUUGGGUCAAGGGCUCCAUAGAUCGUGAAGAGGCAUUUGCUAGAGCAACAGGUUGGAUGGAGAUUAUGAAUGUCGUGGGCACGGACAUGUUGCAGGUCGGAGCAACAGACACACCCGAGCACUUAAUCAAGAAAGAACGCGAUGUCAUCAUCUCCGACUUGCGCGCAUUGUCCGAAAUCCUCGCAAAACGUAACUUCCGCCUCGCUUACGAAAACUGGUGCUGGUCGACCCACGCACCCGGGUGGAAGGAAGUCUGGGAGAUAGUGAAAGCUGUCGAUCGUCCGAAUUGUGGCUUGUGCUUAGACACGUUCCAGACUGCGGGCAGUGAAUGGGGAGACCCGACUACCGAGUCUGGUCUGAUUGAAUCUGUUUCGCAGUCCGAGCUACAGGAGCGUUUCACUGCGAGCAUGGAUGAGCUUGCAAGUUCUGUGCCUGGUGAUAAGAUCUAUCUGCUUCAGAUCUCUGAUGCGUAUAAGGUGUCACCGCCGUUGGAGGACAAGACUAUCGAUGGGCUGAGGGCUAGGGGUCGCUGGAGUCAUGAUUACAGGCCUAUGCCGUAUGACGGCGGGUAUUUACCCAUUGAGGAUGUUGCGAGGGCGGUGCUGAAAACGGGGUUCCGUGGCUGGUUCUCGAUGGAGAUUUUUGACAGUGGUCCGCAGGGAACUGGGAAGAAGUAUGAGAUGGGGCCUUUUGCAGCGAAGGCUAUGGAUAGUAUGCAGAAGUUUUUGAAGAAUUGUGCGACGAAUUGA